AUAUAUUAUGACAAAAACAUUGGGUCUCUCGUUUGGGUUCGUGCAAGCUGCCACGGACCUCGAGUUCUGCAUGACAGCGGACCCCUGCGGCUUCAUUACUCAAGUGCCUAGAGAGCGCACUGCUCCUGCACCCAUCAUCCUGCUCAAGAACUGCAGCCAGACGAUUUCUCUUCCGGACUUGAGCGAGGGCGGGAUAUACCUGCUGUCUCAUCCUGGAUUCGGGUGUCUCUACUACCCCGACACGCCUGUCAACGCCUGCUCUCUGAAAUUAACUUACCCAACGAGUAACACAACAAAACUCAAGAUUAGUUCCUCCAAAUCCUUCAAGGACUUCUUGGGUACCGACGGAUGCGACGGCUACAGCCUUGAGUUUGACACGGACGGCCUGGGGUAA